AUGAACAAACUCGAUAAUCAUUUGUUCCCAUUUUCAAAUGAUCAAAAUCGAAACAUAUCGGCCGACAUUUAUUUUCAAUAUGCGAAUAUAGAUGAAGAAAAACAGCAAUUCGAAACGAACUUUGUGGGUAGAAAUCUAAAGGGACGACUUGUGGCGCUGGACCCCUCAAUUGAAGGUCGUGUAUUUGAAAAACUAGCCCCUAAUAUUUAUGAUGAAGAGGCUGUAGAAAUGGAUGACAGUGCACAAAAUAUUCCAUGGACAGCCACUAAUAAAACAAUUAAUGAGUUUAUUUUAUGGAAAAAAAAUGCACUUCCUGAUGAAGAUGAUCCACGUAUUAAAUCCUUGAAAGAUUGGAUUGCUAUAGCUCAGGACAUUCAUACACCUAUUGCAGUCGAGAAGCAACAAUAA